UGUCUCUCUGCUGUUUUCACCCAGCUGCUGUGAUUCGGGGCUGCUCAGUCAUUCUCUGUCAGAAAACACUAAAGCUGGUGCCUUCGCUUUCUACACGUUCUCCUCCGAGCGGCGACGAAGACACAGCGGAAGUAACCGAGGAAGAGACGUCCACACUUGUGUUGUGUGUCCGUGAAGGUGCGCGGUGUUUGCUAACUGUUUGCUACUGCAGAUCCCUGGUGUGCACCGUUUGGGCUGUAUGAGAGUCAGGCAUCAUGGAUUUGCAAGGAUAAAGGUCGAGCCGUGAGUGGCUCCACCACCACACUGGUGAUAACUGAGAAACAUCAGCUGCUCCUGAAAGCUGUGGAUCUAAAGUGGUUGGACAUCAAAUAUUCCAUCUGCACACAGGGGAUCAUCGUCCCUUCACUCAGACGUUCUGAUCCACUUCACUUCCCCUUGGAUUCAGACAGUUGAAAACUGAUCUUUAGGUUUUGGUGAGGCCUCACACGCCGAGCCGCAGCCCAUCAAGUCAUGGCGAUCAACGCUGACGUGGAGGACUGGGGUGGCGUUGGGAACAGCGACUCUGGAGAAAGGGCGUGGCUGCUGCAGAGCCCCAGCGUGGACUCCGUGCAGCACCUUGAGACGGACAGUAGAAGAAGUGGUGGGGUGUCGUCUCUGGGAGCGGUCUUCAUUGUGGUGAAUGCAGCGCUCGGGGCGGGUCUGCUCAACUUCCCCGCAGCUUUCAAUAUGGCUGGAGGAGUAACUGCAGGAGUGACUCUUCAAAUGUUCAUGCUGAUCUUCAUUAUCACUGGACUGGUGAUUCUCGGCUACUGUUCCCAGGUCAGUAACGAAGGCACCUAUCAGGAGGUUGUUCGAGCCACGUGUGGGAAAGUCACAGGAGUCAUUUGUGAGGUGGCCAUCGCCAUCUAUACCUUCGGCACUUGCAUCGCUUUCUUUAUUGUCAUAGGUGACCAGCUGGAUCGCUUGAUAGCAGUUGUGGCUCAUGACGCAGACACCGGUGGCUUCUGGUACACUGACCGCAAAUUUACCAUUGUUGUCACUGCAGUCUUGGUUAUUCUUCCUCUCUCCAUUCCCAAAGAGAUUGGAUUUCAGAAAUACGCCAGUGCACUGAGUGUGAUGGGAACAUGGUAUGUUACCAUUGUGGUCAUUAUAAAGUACAUCUGGCCAGAUAAAGAGGUGACUCCGGGAUAUGUUCCCACCAGCGCUUCCUCAUGGACUGCGGUUUUCAAUGCAAUGCCCACCAUAUGCUUUGGUUUCCAGUGCCAUGUCAGCUGUGUGCCGGUGUUCAACAGCAUGAGCAAGAAGGAUCUCAAACCUUGGGGACUUGUGGUCACACUCAGCAUGAUAAUCUGCCUCUUUGUUUACAUAGGAACAGGCGUCUGUGGCUUCCUGACGUUUGGCUCCAACGUCAGUCAGGAUGUGUUGAUGUCGUAUCCUCCUGAUGAUAUUGCUGUGGCCAUUGCAAGAGCUUUUAUUGUUAUCUGUGUGAUCACAUCGUACCCCAUUCUACACUUCUGUGGCAGGGCCGUUAUCGAAGGGCUUUGGCUGCGUUACCAAGGCGAGCAGGUGGAGGUGUGCGUGCGGCGCGAGCAGAAGAGGAGGAUCCUGCAGACCCUGGUGUGGUUCGUCAUCACCCUCGUCCUCGCCCUCUUCAUCCCAGAUAUUGGUCGGGUGAUCUCUCUGAUUGGAGGACUGGCAGCCUGUUUUAUCUUUGUGUUUCCAGGUUUGUGUUUGAUGCAAGCCAAACUAUCAGAGACAGACAGGCGCACUGCCAGCUGGCAUGGAUUAGUCAUCUUUGGGAUUGUCAUGGUUAUAAUUGGCACCUUCAUCUUUGGCCUCACAACAACCAACUCCAUCUAUCAAGACGUCAUCAGCUAAGAGGAGUGUUCUUCAUCGUCUUCGUCAUUGAAUGAGGGGAAAAAUUAGUCCUGUGCUACUAAUAUGACCAACUGGAUAAGACGGAGAAGCAUCUCAUGACACUCAUUUAAAAAAAAUCAUCAAUACCACUGCGGCAUGUGACAUCCCUGCACCACACAGAGCCCCGCGCUCAGACAGGGAGCAGUCAAACACCAUACAAUGCCCAAGUGACUUCAGACACUUUGCCUUUUUAAUUUCUCUUUUAUUUAAAUUGCAUGUUUUAUUCUUUUUAUGGUGCUUUUAAGUUGCGGUGAAAUGGCGUAUUCAUUCCAUAUGCUUUUCUUGGCUCUGGAGCCUGCAUGGCCGACACAUUCCUGUUUACAAGAGCUGGAGGAAUUUGUAUAGAUCUUUUUUUGGGUUUUUUUAGAUUACACAUUGUCUUUGUAUUGUGACUCCAAAUCGUAUCCUAUCAUUGAGAAUUGACAGACUGGUUUCCACGUCUACACUUUGUCUCUGCUGAUAAUUGACCCACUUCUUAAGACGUUUGUCUCUUUUUCUAAUGACAAAUUGAACCGAGUGAUGGGUUUGCACACACUAGGACACAACAUGGUUAUUGAGUGUUGUUAACUGCAGGGCUGAUUGAUUUGUUUACUUCCAGUUUUCAGGUUUUUAUAAUACAUUAACUAAUUGUAUUACACUUUAGAAUAGAUGCAGGGAGUCUUUUCUUGGUUUCAUAAAGAUGAGAUGUUGAUUUUAUAAUUGGCUUUGAGGUAAAAUCAUGUUUAAGUUUGUACAAAGCUGCGAUCAUCAAGCCCGACAGGCCUCAAAAACCGGGCUGGUUACAAUGUGUGAAACAGUGAAGUGUCAAAACCACAUGAGGCCAUUCACUUUGGACAGAUCUGCAGGGUGAGCAAGACGAGCAGCACAUCUGCCGUCAGGAUGUGGAAUCUCAAGUCUCUUCGGGUGCAGGUUCCUGACAGAGCAAGGUUUUUAAAUACCUCCAUAACCGAUGGUUUCAGUUGGCACUUGUACACGCUGCAACUGACAGAGUUCAGGAGAAGACAUGUAGUUGAAUGUUGAGCAGGAGGUUUGAUUAACAUCGCUCAAGAAUGUGAUCAAGUUCAAGAAUGUUUUUGUUUUUUUUGGGCUUAAACCAAAGUGUUGUUUGAUGCUCGUCUAUUCAACAGUAACAAUGUAAUCUGUUAAGAUGUAAAUUAUUGCAAAUGAAUUUUUGGUAUAUUUAACCUGAACAAUCAAAGCCAAACUGACUUUAAUCCUGGUUUUACAUUUGUUCUGUUUGAUCCAUAAUGUAAGACUGGCAGCCUUGUUUUUACCAGGUUUCAGUUGACUCAGCAAUAAAGUGUUUUACUUUUUUAGAUAUGAGGGACAAAUGGUAAAAGGGAUUAAUUUUUAAUGAGUCCUGGUGGAUUAAUUCAUAUUGUAAACUAUAAUACAAUUUAUUUAUGGAGGGGAAUGAAGCUGCAGUUUAAACAAUGCUGUGUGGGACCUGACAAUGUUAGCAUCUAUUUUAUUUAAAUUUCUUUAAAAGGUUUUAAAUAGUUUUUACUGUUUUACAGAUUUCUGAUUUUCAGGCUGGUAAAAUAUUCAACUUUGUUCUGUGGCUUUGUAUAAAUCAAAUCAUGUGUUGCUGUCAUCUCACACAGAACUAGGACUCUGCAAAUAUGUCAAGAACCUACUUAUGAUGCUCAAAUAAAUUCCAGUCAAAGCAUGUGAAUGAAUCCGACAAUCCAUGUGUUCAAAAACAUUUAAUAAAAAGACAAAUGAAAAGUUA